CGCUCCCUUGGAUGCUGGAUUUAGGCUUUUUGGACUCACUCGCUGACUCUCCUCCACUUCCUCGCUCUGGACUGGGCUGGCCGCACGAGGGCCGAACGGCGACGGCGACCAGGGGGGCUCCCGCGGCGGUGGCCGCUGCUCCGCGGGAUUAAAUUGGCCGUCCGGAGGCGGCAGCGCGGGCAGGCGCAGGCGGCGCGGCCGUGGCGGGGCGCGAAGGCGCUGGAGGAAAGUGCUGGUGGCGGCGCGGGAGGCGGUGGCGGCGGCUGCCCAGAGCCAACAUGACCAGGUAAGUCCCCUGAGCUGACCAGGUCCGCCCCCUGUGCCCUCCCCUCUUGCCGCCCGGGGCUCGCCCUGCGCGGGGAACCGGCUGCCCCAGCCUCUCCGGCCGGAGCGACACGCUCCCGCGUCCACAAUUCCAGCGGCCCGGCGCCGAAGCGCACACUUUGCUCUUCUGAACCUCCUUGGGCAGAGGUCCUCCCCUGCGCGGUUCGCUUUUCGCUCGAAACCUCGCAACUAGGAGAGAGGGGAUUCUGGAGAAAGGGGGUGUUUGGGCUCUGAAAGUAUUUCAGCUGAGAUUUCAGACCGGACAGACUUGCUGUAGCUUCAGAGGCAGUGAUUCCAAGCUGCCCCAGCAUGCUGCUGCCAAGCUACAGGAUGCUGCACGUAGCCAGGCCGCUGUUGCUGCUUCUCACUUUCUUCCUCCAUGCGGAUGCUGAGACACCUCCAAGGUUUACACGAACUCCCGUUGACCAGACAGGGGUCUCUGGUGGAGUUGCCUCUUUCAUUUGCCAAGCUACAGGAGACCCAAGACCUAAAAUUGUCUGGAACAAAAAAGGAAAGAAAGUCAGCAAUCAGAGAUUUGAGGUAAUAGAGUUUGACGAUGGAUCUGGAUCAGUUCUGAGAAUACAACCCUUACGGACUCCGCGGGAUGAGGCCAUUUAUGAAUGUGUGGCCUCUAAUAAUGUGGGAGAAAUAAGUGUGUCCACUAGACUCACAGUUUUACGUGAGGAUCAAAUCCCCAGGGGCUUCCCAACCAUUGACAUGGGCCCACAGCUGAAGGUGGUUGAGCGUACACGCACAGCCACCAUGCUUUGUGCAGCCAGUGGUAAUCCGGACCCAGAAAUCACUUGGUUUAAAGAUUUCUUACCCGUCGACACAAGCAACAACAAUGGCCGCAUUAAACAGUUACGAUCAGAAUCUAUUGGCGCCCUUCAGAUUGAACAGAGUGAAGAAUCUGACCAAGGAAAAUAUGAGUGUGUUGCCACCAACAGCGCGGGCACUCGCUAUUCUGCCCCUGCCAAUUUAUAUGUCAGAGAGCUGCGAGAAGUUCGCCGUGUCCCACCAAGAUUCUCUAUCCCACCCACUAAUCAUGAAAUCAUGCCAGGUGGAAGUGUUAAUAUCACCUGUGUGGCAGUGGGGUCACCAAUGCCUUAUGUGAAGUGGAUGUUGGGGGCAGAAGAUCUGACACCUGAAGAUGAUAUGCCAAUAGGAAGAAAUGUCCUAGAACUGAAUGAUGUAAGACAGUCAGCAAAUUAUACCUGUGUUGCUAUGUCAACACUGGGUGUCAUUGAAGCAAUAGCACAGAUCACUGUCAAAGCCUUACCCAAACCACCAGGAAUGCCUGUGGUGACUGAGAGCACAGCCACAAGCAUCACACUGACAUGGGACUCUGGGAACCCUGAGCCCAUCUCUUACUACAUCAUUCAGCAUAAACCUAAAAAUACUGAGGAACCUUACAAAGAAAUCGAUGGGGUGGCGACCACACGCUACAGUGUUGCUGGACUAAGCCCUUACUCAGAUUAUGAGUUCAGGGUUGUUGCUGUCAAUAACAUUGGACGGGGACCUCCCAGUGAGCCCGUGCUGACUCAGACGUCAGAGCAAGCGCCAUCCAGUGCCCCGCGGGACGUCCAGGCACGGAUGUUGAGUUCCACCACCAUUUUGGUGCAAUGGAAGGAACCCGAGGAGCCAAAUGGUCAGAUCCAGGGAUACAGAGUUUAUUAUACAAUGGAUCCCACUCAGCACGUCAACAACUGGAUGAAACACAAUGUAGCUGAUAGCCAAAUCACUACUAUCGGCAACUUAGUGCCACAGAAAACAUAUUCUGUCAAAGUCUUGGCUUUUACCUCAAUUGGGGAUGGUCCUCUUUCAAGUGACAUACAAGUCAUCACUCAAACAGGAGUACCAGGGCAACCAUUAAACUUCAAAGCAGAACCUGAGUCUGAAACAAGCAUUUUACUCUCUUGGACCCCUCCGCGUUCAGACACCAUCGCCAACUAUGAACUGGUAUACAAAGAUGGGGAACAUGGAGAGGAGCAACGAAAUACCAUUGAGCCAGGGACAUCUUAUAAGCUGCAAGGGCUGAAACCAAACAGCUUGUACUACUUCCGUCUGGCUGCCCGCUCUCCUCAAGGCCUGGGUGCUUCUACGGCUGAGAUAUCAGCUAGAACCAUGCAGUCAAAGCCAUCAGCUCCUCCUCAAGACAUUAGUUGUACCAGCCCAAGUUCCACUAGUAUUUUGGUAAGUUGGCAACCUCCACCAGUGGAAAAACAGAAUGGCAUUAUCACUGAAUACUCCAUCAAGUAUACUACAGUGGAUGGCGAAGAUGACAAGCCUCAUGAGAUUUUGGGAAUUCCUUCGGACAGUACCCAAUACCUUUUGGAACAGCUGGAAAAAUGGACUGAAUACCGGAUCACUGUGGCAGCCCACACAGAUGUCGGCCCUGGCCCCGAGAGCUUGUCCAUACUGAUUCGAACCGAUGAAGAUGUUCCUAGUGGUCCUCCUCGCAAAGUCGAGGUGGAGGCUGUCAACUCAACAUCUGUUAAAGUCUCAUGGCGCUCACCUGUGCCCAAUAAACAGCAUGGCCAGAUACGAGGAUACCAGGUACAUUAUGUGAGGAUGGAAAAUGGUGAGCCCAAAGGCCAGCCCAUGCUGAAGGAUGUCAUGCUGGCUGAUGCACAGUGGGAAUUUGAUGAUACUACUGAACAUGACAUGAUCAUUUCUGGGCUACAGCCUGAAACAUCCUACUCCCUCACCGUAACAGCCUACACCACCAAAGGAGAUGGCGCUCGCAGCAAGCCCAAACUGGUGUCCACCACUGGGGCAGUUCCAGGGAAACCCCGGCUUGUGAUCAAUCACACUCAGAUGAAUACUGCUCUCAUUCAGUGGCACCCCCCUGUGGACACAUUUGGACCCCUUCAGGGCUACCGUCUAAAAUUUGGCCGCAAGGAUAUGGAGCCACUCACUACUCUUGAGUUCUCUGAGAAAGAAGAUCACUUUACAGCUACAGACAUCCACAAAGGAGCAUCAUACAUCUUCAGGCUCUCAGCCAGAAACAAAGUGGGCUUUGGGGAGGAGAUGGUGAAGGAGAUUUCUGUUCCAGAAGAAGUCCCAACUGGAUUCCCUCAAAAUCUCUACUCCGAAGGCACCACUUCAACCUCCGUCCAGUUAUCUUGGCAGCCACCUGUCCUGGCAGAAAGAAAUGGUGUUAUCACCAAGUAUACACUUCUCUAUAGGGAUAUCAAUAUCCCUCUUCUUCCGAUGGAGCAGCUUAUUGUUCCAGCUGACACCACUAUGACACUCAGUGGCUUAAAACCAGAUACCACAUACGAUGUAAAAGUACGUGCUCACACGAGCAAAGGGCCCGGGCCAUAUAGUCCCAGUGUCCAGUUCAGGACACUCCCCGUGGAUCAAGCAGUGUUUGCAAAAAAUUUUCAUGUCAAAGCGGUAAUGAAGACUUCAGUGUUGCUGUCUUGGGAGAUUCCAGAGAAUUAUAAUUCUGCCAUGCCUUUCAAAAUUCUUUAUGAUGAUGGGAAAAUGGUAGAAGAAGUGGACGGGCGAGCCACACAGAAGUUAAUUGUCAACCUGAAGCCUGAGAAAUCUUACUCAUUCGUGCUGACAAAUCGUGGGAACAGCGCCGGUGGGCUUCAGCACAGGGUAACAGCAAAGACUGCACCAGAUGUGCUCCGUACAAAGCCUGCCUUCAUUGGGAAAACCAACUUGGAUGGCAUGAUUACCGUGCAGCUGCCUGAAGUACCUGCAAAUGAAAAUAUAAAAGGUUACUACAUAAUAAUUGUGCCUUUGAAGAAAUCUCGCGGGAAAUUUAUCAAGCCAUGGGAGAGUCCAGAUGAAAUGGAAUUAGAUGAGCUGCUGAAGGAGAUAUCUAGGAAACGCAGAAGCAUCCGUUAUGGGAGAGAAGUUGAAUUAAAGCCAUAUAUUGCUGCUCAUUUUGAUGUCCUUCCCACCGAGUUCACCCUGGGGGAUGACAAACAUUAUGGUGGAUUUACAAAUAAGCAACUCCAAAGUGGUCAAGAAUAUGUCUUUUUUGUGCUGGCAGUUAUGGAAAAUGCAGAAUCUAAGAUGUAUGCAACCAGCCCCUACUCCGACCCUGUUGUGUCAAUGGAUCUGGAUCCACAGCCAAUCACAGAUGAAGAAGAAGGACUGAUCUGGGUUGUAGGUCCUGUCCUUGCAGUGGUCUUUAUCAUCUGCAUUGUCAUAGCUAUUCUUCUUUAUAAAAGGAAAAGGGCAGAGUCUGACUCAAGAAAGAGCAGCAUACCGAACAGUAAGGAGGUCCCUUCACACCAUCCAACUGAUCCAGUGGAACUGAGGCGCCUUAAUUUUCAAACACCAGGUUCAGAUGAUUCCGGUUACCCUGGUAACCUUCAUUCUUCAAGUAUGGCUAGCCAUCCUCCAAUACCUAUCUUGGAACUUGCAGAUCACAUUGAAAGACUGAAAGCAAAUGACAACUUGAAGUUUUCCCAGGAAUAUGAGUCAAUUGACCCUGGCCAGCAGUUCACAUGGGAACAUUCAAACUUGGAAGUCAACAAACCAAAGAAUAGAUAUGCAAAUGUAAUUGCAUAUGAUCAUUCCCGGGUUCUCUUAUCAACAAUAGAAGGCAUCCCAGGAAGUGACUAUGUGAAUGCCAACUACAUAGAUGGCUACAGGAAACAAAAUGCCUAUAUUGCAACCCAGGGAUCUCUCCCUGAAACAUUUGGGGAUUUUUGGAGAAUGAUAUGGGAGCAAAGGAGUGCCACAGUUGUCAUGAUGACAAAACUGGAAGAACGAUCGAGGGUGAAGUGUGACCAGUAUUGGCCUAGCAGAGGCACAGAAACCCACGGGCUGGUCCAAGUGACACUGCUGGACACUGUGGAGCUGGCCACGUAUUGUGUCCGAACAUUUGCACUAUACAAGAAUGGUUCAAGCGAGAAGAGAGAAGUGAGACAAUUCCAGUUCACCGCCUGGCCUGAUCAUGGUGUUCCAGAACACCCUACACCUUUUCUAGCUUUCUUACGGAGAGUCAAAACCUGUAACCCCCCGGAUGCAGGUCCAAUGGUUGUGCACUGCAGUGCGGGAGUUGGCCGGACUGGUUGUUUCAUCGUAAUAGAUGCCAUGUUAGAAAGAAUAAAGCAUGAAAAAACUGUAGAUAUUUAUGGCCAUGUAACUUUAAUGAGAGCCCAGAGGAAUUACAUGGUGCAAACAGAAGACCAAUACAUCUUUAUCCAUGAUGCACUGUUAGAGGCAGUGACUUGUGGAAAUACCGAAGUGCCAGCUAGAAACUUGUAUGCCUACAUUCAGAAGCUGACACAAAUAGAAGCAGGGGAGAAUGUCACAGGAAUGGAGCUUGAAUUUAAGCGUCUAGCCAGCUCUAAAGCUCACACCUCAAGGUUCAUCAGUGCCAACCUUCCUUGUAAUAAAUUCAAAAAUCGCCUUGUUAAUAUUAUGCCAUAUGAAUCUACGAGGGUAUGCCUGCAGCCUAUCCGAGGAGUAGAAGGAUCUGAUUACAUCAAUGCCAGUUUUAUUGAUGGAUACAGACAACAAAAAGCCUACAUUGCUACCCAGGGGCCCUUGGCAGAGACCACGGAAGACUUCUGGCGGAUGCUCUGGGAACACAACUCCACCAUUGUAGUGAUGCUGACCAAGCUGCGUGAAAUGGGCAGAGAAAAAUGUCACCAGUACUGGCCAGCAGAACGAUCCGCAAGGUACCAGUACUUUGUUGUAGACCCCAUGGCUGAGUAUAACAUGCCACAGUAUAUCCUAAGGGAAUUCAAGGUCACAGAUGCCAGGGAUGGUCAGUCCCGAACAGUGAGGCAGUUCCAAUUCACUGACUGGCCAGAGCAAGGAGUGCCAAAGUCUGGAGAAGGAUUUAUUGACUUCAUUGGCCAAGUCCAUAAAACAAAAGAGCAGUUUGGCCAAGAUGGACCCAUUUCAGUCCAUUGCAGUGCGGGCGUUGGAAGAACUGGAGUCUUCAUAACCCUAAGCAUCGUUUUGGAAAGAAUGAGAUAUGAAGGAGUUGUAGAUAUCUUCCAGACUGUCAAAAUGUUAAGAACACAACGACCAGCUGUGGUGCAGACAGAGGAUCAAUAUCAGUUCUGCUAUCGCGCUGCACUAGAGUACCUGGGCAGCUUUGAUCACUAUGCAACGUAGAAACCCCCAACUCGCUCUGGAUUUUUUACUGCAGGCCCUUCAAUAUCCAUGGAGUCUCUUCUGAGCCAUAUGGGGCACUUGAGAAGUCCUUCUUAACUCCUAGCUAACAACCACUUAGUUGGACUACUACACACAAAACAAAUUAAACACAAACAAAAACUAUUCCAGGUGGACCAAGAAUUCACAGUUUAAUAAUCUAACCUGAACAUAAGAGAGAAUCCUGACUGGUGAGGUGUCUACGGAUUUUAUUUGCAGAUACCUCAAGGAUUCAAAAUAAAGGGAAAAAAAUCACAGCAAAGAACCACCACCUUGUUCAGGAUUGCUUUAGAGGUGCAAGGAGAAACUGCAAGAGCCCUACAGUUCAAGAUGUUUGCUGGUGUGGCUUCUCACAACAAAACGGACUGCUUUGACAUCACCCCUUCCCACCAUACUGCUCAUAAUACCAUUUUUUGGGGGGGAAAGGGACAGAAUGUUUUAAAAGAAAGUCCUUGAUUUAGUUUUUUAGUAUUGUAAAGAUACUGCUGACCUGUGCUUCAUUUUUAAAUGUGUAAACUUUUUUUUAACAAACUGUAUCAUUCGAUAAAGUAAAUUUUAAAAAAGUUACAUAACUUCAUUUUUUUUAAUUUCCAAAUGAUAGGUUUUUUUAAGCUGUAGAACUGUUAUCUGUAAUAAUUUGCUGUAGAAAUAUCUAAUAAUUUGAAAAUUUGCACAUUUUUGUGCAAUACUCAAUCUACAGUGUCAGUCUUGUCAGAUACUGCUUUUACUCUUCUAUUCAGUUUUGAUUGGUAAGCAAGUACCCAGUCUCUUCAAGUAGCCAAAAGAGAAUUUUGUUUCAUUUUGUUUUGGGAAUCAACAGGGAGGCGCAAAGUAUAAAGUUGCUGCUAACAUGUAUACAUAGAUACCCAUAUUUUAUAAGGGUCUCCAUGUAUAUAUAGACAGUGUAUCCACACAUAAAACAUAUACUGUAAACAUCAUUUAUGACAUUUGUAUUUCUUAAUAUCAUGAAACUGACUUUUUUUUACGGGAAUUGAGGAAUGCACAUCAAUGAUUGUCAAACCUCACCCCCUAAUUGCCUACCCAGUCUUUCCCCACCCACCCAGUCAUACUCACAGAUAACAUUUUGUUAGCCAGGCUUCCAACAAAGUUCAAUAUUUGUAACACUCUAGUGCAAUAAAAAUUAAAUAUCUAAGAGGUGUGCAUGUGGAAAAGGUCAGUACAUAUCCUGUUAGGAGGGAGAAUGUUGUAAUAUAUCAGCUACCAAGUUGUUUUUAAAAAAAAACUGUAUUCAAUCAUAUAUCCUCUAUAGUAUGUGCUAUGAAAUUUGCAUUUAUGAUAUGUAACAGGGGCAAAGCCAAACUCAUGUUACUUGUGUUCAGUCAGAAACAUUUUGUGGCAUACAGCAUUCCUGGAAAGUGCUGUACUCCAUUUUGGUUUGGUUUUACUUUUGCAUUUAGAGUGCCUUAUUAUAAUUGAUGCCUAUUUUAAUAGCAUUUCUUUUUAGCUUUUGGUUCACAUUUUCAUUAGUUCAUACCUGUUAACACUUCCAAUUGUAUUAUCUGUUCACAUGUACAAAAACUCUUUGAAUAAUAUGCAUUCCUAGUUUUCAACCAAGUCGGGGAUAUUAGCAAUUAUACCAGCCCAAAGCACUUGGAUCAUCAGGGCCUAUCUUCCUUUUGUAUUUGUCAACAUCAGGAAAAACUGUCUUAUUUACAAUCCCUUACAAAUCUGCUCUGGAACAUGCAGCAACUGCACCAAAUUUAUCAUAACUAUAGCCAUCAGUGGCAACAUUGGAAUAUCUUUGAUAUUUCAUCAGGAUUUUUCCAGAGGGGUAAAGACAUGAACAAAACAAAUAGAUGAUAGAUAGAGAUCUUCCCCAAGUUUUCCAACUUAAUUUCUUUUGGAAGCCAUGGAUGAUGGCAUGAGUUUGCCAUAAGCUUACACAAUUUUAAAGAACCCUCAAAAUAUCCAAGGAACUCGUACAGAGUUUUGGUUUAGGUAUACUACUAUGGUUUAAUUUUAGCUACAUUGAUGUACUGCAUGGAAGGAUUUUUGUUUUCCACAUUUUUCCAUUGUUAGCAGAAUGAAAUCCAAGAGACCAAACACUUGCAAGCAUUGUAUUUGAGCACUUUUGUAAAAAAAUUUUUAAAAAGAAAAAAUAUGUAUAGUACUAAAAAAAAAAAACAAGUAUCUUAGAAGGCUACCUCAGAAUGAGACUCUCUGACCUACAUCAGAACCAGAGAAGAAUGUGCACUAUGUGGGUCUAUUGUUGUUAUUUUGUUUUUCAGUUUUUAUCUUUUGGAGAAUUAGCCAAGUGCCAGAUUACUCAGUGCUGUCAUUUUCUUUUAGCCAAACAAAGGGGGUCUGACAGACACUGCAUCAUCCAGACACACCAUGUUGGACACGGAGACUCUGAUGGAGUACUGCACACCAGAACCGUUGGCCUAUCAGUAGUUUCUCUCCCUAAAAUAAAAACUGCCCACAGGGCAAAGGGAAAGAUAAUAAUAAUCACGAAAAGGAAAUGAAUGGGAUGCAUACCAUAGACAAAUGAGGCAGAGACUAUUCCAGAAAACUUACUGUUCAAGAGCUAUACCUAGAAUUAACUCCAUUAACUCCCUUAGUGUCAUUGAUGUGCAUUCCACUCUGUGCUUUUUUUCUACAACCAUUCUAGUUUUAAUUGCCCAGGUAAACAUCUUUAUCGUUAUCAUAAACUUUCAAGUUUCCAAAUUAUUUUCAUCCUCAUAACCAGUACGGUGCUAUUAUUUACCUAUGUAUGUGUAGUUAUGUAUAAUUUUGUAAUUAGUUACAAUGGUAAAAAAAAAAAAAUCAAAAUAUAUAAAAAGUGAUUUGUACAGAACUUUAUUUUAGCUCUUUUUUAAAAAUGAUUUGCAUGGCUAGACAAUGGCGAGGACAGCCAGGGGAGGGAAGGGCCUCUAGGGAACUUUGCACUUUCUAUACCUUUGUACUAUGCACUGCCCUAUUGAUUCUACAUCCAAUAAUGUUAUUACUUGAACCCAUCUGUAAGAAACUGCUUCAGAAAUUCAUUUGUGUGUAUGUAAAUAACAUAAAGACAGGAAGGGAAAAAUUCUGCAGUAAUGUACAGAUUUUUUUCUUUCCUAUUUUUUAUUUUGCUUUGUUUUAGUCCCUCCCUUUUUUUUUUUUUCUUUUUUUUUUUUUUUUCCUUUUCGGAUUUUCGUUUCCUUUGGGUUCAUGGGUGCCCUGAUACUCCAGCAGAGAUCAGAAGGCUACAGAUCCAUCCUAUCCAUCCGUUACAUGGCUUUGCCAUCCAAGCUUGGAGUGUCUUUACAAAGAUAAUAACAGUUGUGUUCUUUGCUCUCGUUUUGGAUGCAUAGACUGAAAAAUCUAAAAAACAAAAAUAACUUGUAAAAUGGCUUGUUAAAAAAAAAUACAAUUACCUCUAAUUAGUAGUACGCGUAAAUGUUUUACAGAAUGAAAGGCGUGCUUUUUAUUUUCUUACUUCGUUACAUUGGUGGCGAAAGAAGUCUGUAUGAAAAUCAGUUCUUUGCUGACACAAGUUCCAUUUGUUACAAAUGAAUUCUAAUAAAAACGUCAGUGUUAUGCA